AUGGCGUGGGAUCAUUUGUCCAUCAACAAGCCGCAUCUGGUCUACAUCAUCCUAGGCGGGUUUACCAGCAUUUUCAUGCUCUGCUCGUUGUUCAUCAAGGAAAAACUGUACAUCGGCGAAGCCUCGGUCGCGACCUUGUGCGGUGUUAUCUUCGGUCCACAUGCUGCCAACCUGAUCAAUCCCUUGUCCUGGGGAAAUACUGAUAUGAUCACUCUCGAGUUCUCCCGCAUAGUACUCGUGGUGCAAUGUUUUGCCGUCGGCGUCGAGUUGCCCAAGGCCUACAUGGAGAGGCAUUGGAAAUCUGUCGUCUUCCUGCUCGUCCCGGUCAUGACCUUUGGUUGGCUCGUCACCAGUCUGUUUGUCUGGUGGAUGAUAGAGCCACUCACCUGGUUGGAGUCUUUGGUGGUGGCAGCCUGCGUCACAGCCACGGACCCGGUCCUGGCCUCGUCCGUCGUGGGAAAGGGCAAGUUUGCCAAACGUGUCCCCAAGCAUCUUCGAGACCUGUUGUCUGCCGAGUCGGGCUGCAAUGACGGGAUGGCCUUUCCUUUCAUCUAUCUUUCUUUGUAUCUAUUGAGGUAUGAUCUGGGUGCUCGAGAAGUGGUCUUUCACUGGAUCGUGAUCACCGUUCUCUACGAAUGUAUCUUCGGGGCCUUCUACGGUGUCAUGGUGGGCUACAUUGGUCGUCAUGCCAUCAAGAUGGCCGAACGACGGGGCCUGAUCGACAGAGAAAGCUUUCUCGUGUUCUACUUCGUCCUGGCAUUGUUCUGCGCGGGUUCGGGUAGCUUGCUGGGCAUGGACGACCUUCUGAUCGGGUUUGCGGCUGGAGUUGGAUUUUCCAACGAUGGCUGGUUCACCGAGAAGACCGAGGAGUCGCACGUCUCCAAUGUUAUUGACUUGCUCAUCAACUUGACCUAUUUCGUCUACUUUGGCACUAUAGUACCCUGGGAUCAAUACAACUCUCCCGAGCACGGUCUGGUUCCUUGGAGGCUGGUCGUCAUCUCGCUUUUUGUCAUCUUCUUCCGUCGGAUUCCCGCCAUGUUGGCGUUGAAACCGUUCAUACCAGACGUCAAAACGUGGCGAGAAGCUCUCUUUGCCGGCCACUUCGGGCCCAUUGGUGUGGGAGCCAUCUUUGUGGCCAUUCUAGCUCGUGCAGAACUUGAGAGCGAUUCCACCGAACCUCUGGCCAAGCUUCCGGCACCAGGUUCCAAGGACUACGACUUGAUCUAUCUUGUAUGGCCAGUCACAACCUUCUUGGUCAUCUCGUCAAUCUUGGUGCAUGGCUCGUCAAUUGCCGUCUUCACCCUGGGUAAACGCAUCAACACUCUGACAAUAACACUGUCAUACACUCAAGACAACGAGAAGGGGCCGGCUUGGAUGAGUCGCCUCCCAAGGAUUUCCUCUCAGUCGAGAUCAAUGGCCCGUAUGGAUAGCUCCGAGUUGGAGGCCGAAGAAAAGCUGGACAUCCCUCCUGGCGAACUGCCUCCUGUCGGGAUCCCCAAGCUUCAUCUCCGACGGCAGCGCGAAGAUGAGUAUGAAAAGAAGCCGGGCUCUAGAUCAUCCAGUCUUGGACGAUCAAGGAGACGGAAACGUCAGACUAGGGAUCUUGAGGAUCGCCGCCUAGGUGGCCCUAUCAGUCAGAGUGCCAUUGCACCGGUAAGGCACUCAGAACCAACCGCUUCUCAGCCGGGUUCUGCGUCGGAUACAUUGUUUGAGAAGUCCGGAGAGCCAUCGCCAGAAAGCCCUCAGGACCGCCUGGUGACCGGAUCUCCAACCUCUUCCCCGGAACGUGAUCAGAUUGAAGUGGAACACGAGGCCGAAGCCGUGGCCUCAAUGAAACGACGGAAAAGAGAGAGGGAGCCGUCACCAGAGAAACCCGCAGAGGUGGAAGUCUACGAAGAAGGCCAUAACCUCGUUGUUGAAGAUGAAGAAGGCAAUGUUGUCGAGACUAUUGACUCGGCUCACAUGAACCCGGCCAAGAAGGCCGAAGCCGUUGAGAAGGCACGCAAUCGUUUGGCCCGGGAUGAAUCCGGAGAAUUUACCAAACACAAACAUCAGCCCCACCCAAAGACCGAAGGCGCAGAGAUCGAACAUCUUGUGGGGGACACUAUUGGCCAACCGCAGAAAAGCAUGCGGCAGAGAUUCGAUCAGUGGAAAGGGUUUGGCAGACGGAAAGAGGAGCAAGAAGAGCCCGUCACGCCUGGUCCGUCAAAGAAGGCAGAACUGAAGAAAGCAGAACGAAAGAGAGGUCCCGCCCAUGCCUAUCAGUUCGGCAACACCAUCAUCGUCGAAGAUGAAGAUGGCGAAGUCAUCAAAACGUAUACCAUCCCUAGCGACGCGAGCGCGGGGGACAGGCAUCGUCUGCGCCGUAUGAGCACCUGGGUGGGCCUAGGCCGACAAGCGGAAGCCGCUGAAGUGGACAGCUCGGAGGCGGCCCUCACAGAGACGAAAGACGGCACUGAACUGCUCAAGGAGAAAAAGCCAACUCUCAAAAGACGUGGCUCCGAUGCGUCAGUCGAUGAUGGCCUGAGGAUGAUAAUUUCCAGUACCGAUCAGUAUGGAUUGACGGGGCAGAAGAAAAAGGCUCGGGAUGCUCCUGGUGCCAUUGCCCUGGGUUCUGGAAGGCGGUUGUCGACAAAAGACUUUAUCAAACAAAUGCAGCAGCUCGAUGCCAGAGGUAAGAUCCAAGAGGUUGAAGAGAGUGAUGCCCCGGAAGACUUCAAACGCGAGGUGCGUAAAGCUGUCGAGGCCUCGCAGCAGAACGAGCGGAACAAAGCCACCGCCUCUGAUGAGAGGCCGGGGCGGUCUCGAGCAAAGACAACUCCAGGCGGCGACUCUGACGAUGCUAGCCGAAGGAUGCAAGCCAGCAAUCCGGACGACAGCGAAGACUAUUUCAGUCCGCAGCGUCGGCCAUUACCUGAGCGCUUGACCACUGCCGAACGCAACCGGAACUCCAUCGAGGAAGAAAGCCAAGAAGAAGAUGAGGAUGAUGACGAUGACGAUGACGAGGAAGAAGACGACGACGAUAGUGGCUCCAACGUUGUUCCUGUCCAUAACGUCGCAUCCAUUCUGGCCAGACACAGUCAAGGCCAGACGGCGGCCGACUUCCGCAGGCGCCAACUUGCACGAAUUCGCUCGGAGGAGGAAGAAGAGGACGAGGAGGAAGCGGAUCCCACCGAGGGCGAGACCGCUGCGGAGAAGCGCCGGCGAAUGGCUGCCCUGGGCAUCGGUGCUCGGGAGGAAGAGUCGAGCAGUGACAGCGAGGAAGGCGAGGAACAGCCGCGUCGGGCCGCCGAGACUGCCGUGCCGGAACCCAGCGAGGGAGGCCCGUCCACGACGCAACAACGGACUCGAAUCCAAUGGGGCGGAGAAAGUGGCCGAGAGAAGGAUCCUACCGACAUCUAUGCCGGCGACCCCAUCGUCGGGGCGGCGAGAAAGCUGAGGAAAAUGAUGAAGAAGCGGCACGAAACUUGA